GAUUUGCUCGAUUGUUCUGUUAACAGUAGUGUCGUGUAUUUACAUUGUAUUUAUUACGAGUGGUGAAAAGCGUUAAUUUUAAAAGGAAAAGUGAAUAAAUAACAUUUAAACGAUGUCUCUGUUUGGCUCUCUAAUGGGUGAUUUAGAAAACGAUCCGUUUUUUGGGUCUCACAUGAGAACAAUGCGCCACGUGAAUAGCAUGAUGAACUCAAUUCUUAGUGAUCCAUUUGGCGAUUUUAUGGGGAUGCGAGACUUUGGGAUACCUGCAUUGACAGGUUCACGUGCAGGGAGUCUCAUGCCAUUUGGAGGCUUUCCACCCAUGCCUAACAUCAACAGAUUGCUGUCAUCGUCCUUUGAAAACCCAAAUGCUCACUGCUACAGCACCAGCACAGUUGUAAGCAUGACUUCAGGGCCUGAUGGAAGACCCCAUGUUUACAAGGCCACAUCCAGCACCCGUACAGCCCCAGGUGGUCUUAAAGAGACUCAAAAAACCGUUUGCGACUCCAGAACUGGUACGAAAAAGAUGGCAAUAGGACACCAUAUUGGUGAGAGGGCUCAUAUAAUAGAGAGAGAACAAAAUGUGGAAACAGGUGACCAAGAACAAAGAGAGGAUUUUAUUAAUCUUGAUGAAGAAGAAGCUGAAGAUUUUAAUCAAGAAUGGGAGCAAAAGACCCGUCAUCGACCUGAAAUCAGUAGAAUUACUUCAGCAAGACAUCGCUAUGGCAGAGACCGUGAGCACAGUGGAUUGCCAGCUAUUACAGCAGGACCGGCCAGUGCUUGUAAACUUGCUUGUACCAAUACCAGUCCACAAGACAGAAGACAAGAUAAAUUAAGUUUGCCAGGUCAUUCAAGUUCCUCUUUGUUGCCAAGACGUUCUAUUAGGUCUCGUAAGCAAGACAGAAUUAGUCCAAGCUCCUCGCACCCUUAUAGUCCGUCUGGUCAUUAUCAUUCGAGGAAGAAUAAAAACAUUAAGAGCGUUUCGGGGUCUCCAACUCACGACAUCAUUGAAUAAAUCAGAUAUUAGUGAAUUUACCUUUUGGAGCCCUAAGCAGUUUAUUUUCCUCGUGUUUCAGUUCAAAAUAGUUUUGUUUUAUAAUUUUAACUACAUGGGCACACUCUGCCCUGUAUUCUAGUAAAUUUAAGUUAAUACUAGUUGGUUUUUUGCAGAAGGGAAGUCUGAGACUCCCUUUUAGCAUACAGCACAAUUUCGUCUGUUUUACAGUUGCCACUUUUCCUAAGUGUGUUUUAUUGUAUAAUUAAUUUUUAUUUUUUUUUUCUUCAAUUUGUUUCUAUGUGGCAGUUGUAAAAAUUCCCUGUGACUUUGAAGUCGGAAUAGCGUAAGGUAUUUAUUUGAAUGUAAGAGAGUAAUGAAGGUUCAUUAAGUGUAAGGAUAUUUUAACAGCUGUAAUGUUACGUAAAAUUUGCUUAAAUGGAAGUAUAAAAGAAAUCAAAUCCCUCUGUAAUCAAAAGUGUAAAAGUAAAACAAAUAAAUAAUAAAGUACCUACCCAAGCGCUUUAAUCGUUUGACCUUUAAUCAACGUUGUUUGUCGUUUUUGAUUUCUUUUUACUUUACAUUAGUAUUUUAGUUGUUAACUUGUAUGAUGGGAACAUAUUACUUUAUGAGGAACCCCUUAAGAUUGUAAGGUAGACGUUUGACGAGAUCAAAAUUAAACUCAUAUUAGUAUAAAGCACAAAGUAUUUUAUUAAAAAUUAUAUUUAAUCCAGUCAAACACACAUCAAAUAUAAAAAUAUAACGAGCUUACAUUUUAAACAUCUUAAAUCAUACAAAAAAUUAAUAAUUUGGCACUAAAGAUGCUCACAAGUGAAAAAUGAAUGUGUAAUAUAUAAUAAUUUGUACGUAUAUUUUUAAUGUAAUGUAUAGAUAUUUGAAAAUAGGUGUGUGCUCAAAAUUCUUAAAAUUACUGGUGUUAGACUUAAGGUUGUUGUCACUAAUAUAGCGGGCAUGAAGGAACAAACUAUAUUUCACACAGUUGUCUUUUGUGCGUAUUCCAGUAAGUUAUGGUUUAUAUUUGCCUUAAAAUAAAGUAGAUCUGAAUUAUAA